CCCUUUUGAUGAAGCUUCUCUCUGGAGAAAACACUAUCCUUCUUGCCACUUCCUUAUCAAUCCAUUCCACGCCUGAUUCAUACUUUCAACAUCCUUUUCUCUCGCGAUUUGACUUUCUGGAGCCUAUUUCUUAAUUUUUAGUCUUGUGCUUAACGGGGACGCCCACAUAUGUCAUUCAUUAACACUUGAUACUUUUUGACUACCAUAUUUAAAUCACUCUCAUAUUAGCGGUCAGACAGAAACAACCCAUCCCACCCAAUCAGAUUUUGCUCCUAAGUUCCAAGUUGGUAUCAGGAGACUUCGGGUGCCGAUUCUUAAAGUUGGGAGUUUCCAAUUAUGAUCACUUAUAUACUGCUUCUCACAUCUAUCCUCCUGGCACCGGGUCAAGUGGCCAAUUGGUCCAUUCCAGGUGCCCCUCAACAUAAACCUUUACAUGCGAAGAGACACAGUUCGUCCAUGUACAACUGGGAACAAUCGUGGAAUUCUCAAACCAACAAUCAAAUAACAACCAUUACUACUUCAACUUCUGGAACUAUUCCACCCGACAGUGGUCUUCACCAAGGGGCUGCGAGUACAUGGAGUUAUCAGUAUUGCUACUCGAGUAGCUCUGAUGAUAACCAAGAUAACUCAGCUGCCUCUUUCGGGGAUUCAUCUUCGACAUUUCCUGCAAGCCAGUCGGGGGCAGGAUCUGACUCAGGUUUCAGUGAUGAAUUCGCCUCAGUCCCCGGAAGCUCCAACACCACCCCGGUGGUCAACAGCCCACCAAAGCCAGUGCGACAAGAACAGACGUACUCGCCUCCCAAACCAAGUGUAGAAGUGCCUAGCAUUCCGAAAGACCUUUCACCUACACCCCAGCCGAAAUAUGCCAAUGUAACCAAAUCUCCUGGUUUACCUCGAUCAAGCGCUUUAUCCGCGGGAGAUACAUCAAGGUAUUCAAGCACCAAAUCUGAUAGUCCAUCUUUAUUAAGCACUCCCAACCCAGAAAGCACAGACAAUAAGGAAGAUAAAAAAGAAUCUUCCCGCCUACCAGCGUUGUCGGAUAGCGAUACUGGAGGGACAAAAAAACUUACCCCAUCACCGUCAGGUUCACAUCAAGAUUGGCUGGAUUCUCACAACAAUUAUCGAUCACAAUACGGGGUUAAAAGUCUGACAUGGAGUGAGGACCUUGUAGAAGCAGCCAGAAGCGAAGUAGAGAAAUGCGUAUGGAAACACACCAAGCACAACCAGUAUGGCGAGAAUAUUGCUGCUGGACAAAACAGUCCUUCAGAAGUCGUUGUUGCUUGGGUUGAAGGUCCAAACGAACGUGAUAUAUUUAGCCCCGACUCGGCAACUCCUACACAUUUCACACAGGUUGUAUGGAAAGAAACCGAGCAAAUUGGCUGUGCUGUCAAAUCAUGCGAGACAAUUGAAGGAUCCAAUUUACCCCAAGCGCCAGUGAAGCUCUGGGCUUGCGAAUAUCAUCCGAAAGGGAAUGUAGGUGGCCAAUACGCGAAGAAUGUACUUGCAGCUGCCGGAGGCAAGCCGCUGGCAGCUGCAGGAUCCUCAGCAUUCGCGUCUGUUGAUCCAGAUGAUCCAAGCAGGGCAAAGGCCGGCGGCAGUGGUCUUUCGAGGACCACAUUCUUUCCGGCUCCCGAAUGAAGGGUCCGGGUCAUCAUGUUCUUUGACUGCAUACAUCAAGGAAGAUCUGAAUAUAUGUGUCAACUCAAAAAUAUGUGUGACUGUAGCAAAUGUAGUUUUGUGACAAUAUUGUGAAUUUUGUGUGCAACUUGCACUAGGAUCCUCAUGUAGCCCCAUUUUGUUUUUCUCAGGCUGUAGGAUUCUCUUGACAUAUUUGAUUCUUUCCCUCCUUUUUCUUUCAACAACUUCAUCAAGCUAGAAAGCAUCAAUUACCGGUGUGUUUACUGAGCAGGAUGGUCA